AUGAUUCCCAAUCAUGUUCUAGUCCUAGGAGCUCCUCGCACAGGUAAAGUGCGUGUGGCAGAGUAUAUUGUGUCUAGGAGUGAUCGUCCAGAUGAAAAAAUUGAUCGUCCGCUGGAUACUCAUAGCGGGAUCAUCGUCAAAACGGACUUGAACACGAAGUACUAUACCACCAAGUUGAAUCUCCUUAUAGAUGAGUUCCCAGAUGAGAGAUCCGUUUCCGUCCUAGAAGCUGAUGCCUUGAGUGCCUUGAGGAACUGGUACUCUGAGUUCAUUAGUGACGAGUAUGAAGAAAUCCGGGAAGUACUCGAAGGAUUGAUCUUCUGCAUAGACCCCAAGACACUGCAUGCACACAUCGAAGAGAGUUUGAAGGUGGUGGAACAAAUCAGAGACAGCAUUGAGGAUGGUUUCGUGUGUAUACUUGCAACUUCAGAGAGGGACGAGGAAGAACUUGAAGAUCUUGUGAUUUCAUUUGGGUUCGAGUUUGUCAAUUUCAGCCAACUGGGUAAGAACGAGUUCCACGAGUCCAUUGGAAAGGACAGGGUACUUGAGAUAUUGCAAAGCCAUGAGUGGACUAAUAGAGUUUUAGUCCAUGACUACGAACAAAACAAAAGAGAUAAGGCAGACGAAAUGACCAGGGGACUACUCGAUGACAGAGAAGACAAUCACAACGAUAUGGACUUGGAUGAGAUAUUUGGAAAGUUGAGACUUGCGAAGGACAACGUUCAGAAUGUUGCUCCUGAGAAAAGAGAAGAGUACGUUAACAAGAUUAUCGAAGAAGUCAUGGAUUUUUUAUGA